AUGGGUCUUCUCAAUGAUGGCUUCCGCAUGCUCUAUGUCGGCGUGGCUGCCGCAAUCUAUUUCUGGCCAGAAUAUGCCAUCUACGACUCAAAACCGCUGACAAUUGUGAUUCUAUUUUCCAUUCUCACCACCUCCAAGCUCGUCUACCGGCUGUUCCUAUACCCGGCAUUCUUCACUCCACUCAAAUACAUUCAGACUCCUGGGAACCGUAAUUGGCUCAAAGGCAAUGCAGGCACGAUAUUCCUCGAAACGCCGCUUGUGCGUCUAAAGGAAUGGGUUAAGACCAUGCCAAACGAUGGCCUGCUUCGGUAUUAUAUCGUUGGCAAUAUGGAGAGAGUAAUCCUGACCAGCCCCAAAGCAUUGAGUGAGCUGCUGGUUACCAAGGCCUACGAUUUUGAAAAGCCCGAGACUCUUCGGCAAAGCUUGCGCCGUAUCGUUGGAGACGGAGUUCUGCUCACCGAAGGCGAUGAGCACAAGAUCCAACGAAAGAACCUGAUGCCGGCUUUCGCCUACCGCCACAUCAAAGACCUCUACCCUGUCUUUUGGGCCAAGAGCGUGGAGAUGGUCAAAUUGAUCGAAAAAGAACUGCCGGCCCGCAAAGACAACAUAGUUCAAGUGUCAGACUGGUCAAGCAGGGCAACUCUGGACAUCAUCGGUGUCGCUGGCAUGGAUCACGACUUCAACUCCCUCGAACUGCCAUUUAACAAGCUCACCAUGUCCUACAAGAGCAUCUUCAAGUCUCCAUCCGUCUUCACCAAGUUCCUCUUCGCCCUCGCAAUGAUCACCGGUCAACUGACCCUCCUCCAAAGCCUCCCCACGCAGCGCAACAAGGACAUCAACGCCGGAGGAGAAGCCAUCCGAGACGUCGCGCGCCAAAUGAUCAAGGAGAAAAAGGAGAAGAUGAAGAACAACCCCGACACCCAGGCCGGAGUCGACAUCAUCUCAGUGGCCAUGGCCAACGGCACCUUCGACGACGAAAAUCUAGUGGAUCAACUAAUGACCUUCCUGGGCGCCGGUCACGAAACCACAUCCUCCGCCAUGCAAUGGGCCGUCUACGCGCUGAGCAAGCAUCCAGAGGUGCAAGCCCGUCUCCGCGAAGAAAUCCGCGCCAAUCUCCCCUCAAUCUCCGACCCCAACGCAGAGGCAAUCGACGCAGCCAAGAUCGACAGUCUCCCCUACCUACAUGCCGUAUGCAACGAGGUCCUCCGUUUCCACCCCUCCGUCCCAAGCACAGUCCGCAUCGCCGUCAAAGAUACGACCCUACUCGGAAAGCCAAUUCCCAAGGGUACAUUCUUCGUCAUCGCGCCUGAGGUAGUGAACCACAUGGAGGAACUGUGGGGACCAGACGCGAACGAAUUCAACCCAGAUCGAUUCAUGGGCCCUGGGAAGGCGAAUACAGGCGGAGCGAAUAGUAAUUACUCCUUCUUGACGUUCUUACAUGGUCCGCGCAGCUGUAUUGGGCAGGGAUUCGCCAAGGCUGAGCUUGCUUGUUUGCUUGCUGCGACGGUCGGUCGGUUCACGUUUGAGCUUAAGGAUCCGGAUGCGAAGUUGGAGCUGAGGGAGGGAGCGACUGUUUCGCCGAGGGAUGGUGUUUUGGCUAAAUUUACUGCUCUUGAGGGGUGGUAA